UCAUCGUUCAGCGACCACCGCCAGGUAAGGCUUUCACGCUCACUUUACAGUCGUGCCUGGACUUACCCGAUAUUUAUUUUUGUGCUGUACUUGUGCUGAGUACUGAGCCUUGAUAAUAAUUGAAACCCCCACUAAAUGAGAGUCUCUAUUUGUGUGUCCGAUGCGAAAGAAUCCCUAAAAAGACCUCUCGACAACCAAGUGGAGGCAAGUCCGAUGAAACGGCGUCAAUCAGCAGAGCGCUGGGAACCGUACAUUGCAGCCGAUGGCAAAUCUGUGGAGCUGCCGCCGCUAUUAUUGGCAAUGCUCGAGAGUGACGAGUUCAAGCCGGACCCUCGCACAGAUUUCUCUUCGCUGUUGAGUGUUCAAGCCGGCAGUCAAAUUACGACGAAACAUCUUGGCCAAGUCCCCAACCACUUUGGACAGACCUAUCAGGGCAACCAAUUCAUCGUUAUCGAGCAGAUGAUGGAAAUUUGGCAAAUGCUUGCGCGUGAUACCAAGUUCCCGGUCGAAAAAGUCUUGUCCGGUCCAAUGGGCGUAGGAAGGUCGUAUCUCGCAGCCCAGGCGUACGCUAAUGGCUGGCUGGUCCUUUACGUUGGCGACGCGGCCAUGCUUAAUGAAGUCACCUCGGAGAGUGCAUCAAUCGAGAUUUGCAAACAGUUCUUGGCUAUCAACAGGGAUAUUUUGACUGCCGCUAAGCUCAGGGAAUUGGUAACCUAUGAGGAUCGAUCAACUCCCCUCGUGAUGUCUAGCGCCGCGACCAUCCUCGGGAGUCUGCUCCAGCGACGAGAGCACAAAUCUCUUUGUAUCAUCGACGAGCAUGGCGUGCUGUUCGCAUCUGACCCGCCGGUACCUGCUCGGCUCGUGGUUUUGCAGCCCCUGAAAACGUUCAACUAUUGGGAUGAUUCGGCAGCGGGAGCGCGAGUGGUCUUUAUCAGCACUGCAAAAUUCGAGAGGUUUUAUCUUAAAGAUAGAACCCGCCUUAUUUACGUUAGCCCACUGUCACCAGCAACCUUCGGCAAGUUACAGGCUGCAGUAUUUUCUCAUUUCGAUUCGACGGUCCGUGAUCAUGUAUCUGACAUCGGAGAUGAGGUGCUGAGGAUCACGAAUUACGUGCCGCGUGAGCUCGUGAAUUUAGUCCAAGGGAUCGGAACCUCACCGCUUACCUUGCAGGAAGUCAAGGAAAGACUGAAGAAUUUCGAGGAACGGCGGCGUCAUGAGUUUUAUUUUGUUGCCGUAACUCAUUACAAUUCGCUUCCUACAAUCUCCAAGGACCGUACCCAUUUGGCCCUUGCGCAGAUGUUCCUGCCUGGCAAAGUCCGACCCGACGUUAUAUUCGAUUGGAAGUUUCUGGAUCUUGGAAUAGUGUAUCGAUACGUGAGUAAGAAUAGGGCGGUGCUUCACAAUCCGAUCUGUCCUGCUGGCAAAGCCGCGCUCUUGAAUUUAUACAAGCAAUGCCCACUACCUGAUGCUUAUCGAAAUGGCCUGGUUCGAGAUAACCUAGACGAUGGACAAUCUGAGGACGCCCUCUUCCAGUAGCUUAUCCGGACUUCUUUCUGACUUGGUACUCAAGACAACAGACCUUGCCGGGAAAAAUGCAAUGGACAUACAUUUGAGAAUUUCAGGAUACGAGCUGCUUCAGGAACCACCCGGGCACUUCGACAAAGAUGGUAUGGAUAUAUAGAUACGUGGCUAUGCAGGAU